CCUCGCCCCGCCCCGCCCCGCCCGCGCUCCUUUUCUUCCCGCGGUGACUUUGCACUUACCGGGCGUGUUGCUGCCCCCGCCGCCGCCAGAAUGGUCGGGGUGAAGGUGAUCGCCAACGACGCGGACUUCCAGAGCGAGCUCAGCGCCGCGGGCUCCCGGCUAGUCGUGGCCAAGUUCACCAUGAGGGGAUGUGGCCCAUGUUUAAGGAUAGCCCCUGCUUUCAACGCUCUGAGCAAUAAAUAUCCCCAAGCAACAUUUUUAGAAGUUGAUGUGCAUCAAUGCCAGGGAACAGCUGCAACCAAUAAUAUAUCGGCAACCCCAACGUUUCUUUUCUUCCGGAGCAAAGUGCGCAUUGACCAGUAUCAAGGUGCUGACGCUGCUGGAUUGGAAGAGAAAAUCAAACAGCACCUAGAAAAUGAUCCUGGAAAUAAUGAGGAUGCCGAUAUUCCAAAAGGAUAUAUGGAUUUGAUGCCAUUUGUUAAUAAAGCUGGCUGUGAAUGCCUUAAUGAAAGUGAUGAACAUGGGUUUGAUAACUGUUUACGUAAAGACUCUACCUUCCUGGAAUCAGACUGUGACGAACAGCUGCUUAUUACAGUAGCUUUUAAUCAGCCUGUCAAGCUUUAUUCUAUGAAGUUUCAAGGACCUGAUAAUGGUCAAGGUCCAAAGUAUAUAAAAGUGUUUAUCAACCUUCCUCGAUCAAUGGAUUUUGAAGAGGCAGAAAGAAGCGAACCCACUCAGGCCCUGGAGUUAACGCCAGAUGAUAUCAAAGAAGACAGUAUUAUCCAACUCCGCUAUGUAAAGUUUCAGAAUGUUAACAGUGUAACUUUAUUUGUCCAGUCCAAUCAAGGUGAUGAGGAAACGACGAGAAUUUCAUAUUUCACAUUUAUUGGAACACCAGUCCAAGCAACAAACAUGAAUGAUUUUAAGCGGGUCGUAGGCAAGAAAGGAGAGAGCCACUAAAGAAUGAGGAAAAUGCUGGGAAGGGCCUUAUUACAAUCAACAUGGGAUCUUCACAUUUAUUUCUAGCUCCUGGGAAAUUGCUUGACCGUAGCCAGAGAGACUGUCAGUCUGUUCCACUAUAAUACCAUUACAAAUAAAUCACUGCAUUUUUGUUAAUACAGGAUUUCACUAAAAAGUGUUUUCUGUUGUAAUCUUGGGUCAUAAAUUUGUAAAUAAAAUCCAUUAAUUUUGCCAA